UGCUCGGGAGAGAAUGGCGGCUCUUUUGGAAUCGUUGCUCCGGGGAGACGUGGACUUGUGCAGAGCUUUGAACUGGCUGCGAGGAAAAACUGACUGUAGCGGAGACCAAGAUCUGCUAUUAACUGUCAGGAAGCACGAGUUUGUGCCAUUCCUCCUGAAUUUCCUGAGGGAUCAGAGCAGUAAUACUCUGACUCAUGGCCCCAGCACCCCAGCCAAGACACCCAGCAGCACCAGGUCCCUCAGAGCCCAGGGAUCCUCUAGUGAUCGGAGAGCAUCAAACAGAGCAUCUGCAAGCCAAGGUUCCCGCAGUGCCAGCCGUGUCCAGCUCUUCUCGCCUGCUCCCUCCACAUCGCAACCGGACAAUCUUAGCGAACAGGACAGUCCACUGACAACCUCUCAAAGUCUUACCGGAAUAAGUGCUUUCAGCAGCCCGUCUUUUAGCUCAGGAUGGAGUCCUGCCCCGAGACACGUGACCUCUGAACGUCGAUCUGCUCAGCGCCACUGUCUUGCUGACUUUAUGACCUCGCCACCAGACUUUCAGGCCAGCCCUACAUUUCAGCCACAUCGAGGGCGCAGGAGAAGUAGCGGGCUUGGAGCGGCAUCAAACCGUCAGACUGGGGCACGCAAUGGGUAUUCCGUGGAGGCUGGCAGCUGUGAUGUUGCAGGAAGAAAGGAAAGAGGUGGAGGGAGGACUAAUGAUCCAGUGUCACCACCUACACAAGUAGAGCUUAACUUUAACAAUCUGGAGGAAUUUCCCCCAAUGAGUGCAUCUCAGGCCAUGCCUAUAGCAACAAGACCGUCGCGGCGCAUCAAUCCAACUCCAGUAAGUGCGGAGCGACCAAACUCUAAACCCAAAAGCUGCUUUACCUCCACACCCCUCAGCAAGCCGUGCAGUCCUCCUUCCAUCCCGGAGGCCACAGGAACGGGGCAGACUACAGGGAGUCCACUUUGUCUGCAAGAGGAGAGGGAGCUACUAAAGAAAGAAAGGUCUAAACUUGCACAGCAGAGCAGCUCCCCACUGAAGCCCAGUGCAACUGUUUGUACUCCCACAAAAUCAAUACAGAGGUCAAGCUCAAAGGUGACUCCGGAUCCCCAGGCACCCUGCCCUGACCCCACUAAAGUGACUCAUGCACCAGAGCUUGAUAUUCUAGCUGAUCUGUACUGCGCAUGCAUUUCAGAGAACUUGGUGCCAUGUGUGUUCCUGGAGCUGUUCGUUGUGCUGCAGCUGCUGACUUCACGGAGUUUGUCUACCUCAGAGCCUACAGAAAUGUGUCCCAGUGUGUGUGAGAGAAAGACAGAUUUCCUUGAGAGAACUUAUCUGGGAAAUGUCCACAGCUGUGUGUAUUUUGCAGUGCGAGUUUUGGAGAAGCAGUUUGCUUUGCUUUCACACCUGGACCGCUGCACGCUGCGUCUACUGGCAGAGAAUGAAAGAGUUGGCACAUUCUCUCCAGCCCUGCGUGAUCGCCUAGCACAAGCUCAAGAUACCUGCACAGCUAAGGCAAUGCCCAGCCACACCGCCUUCAUUCAUACGGUGCCGUUCCAGCCGGCCACUGACAACCGAAAUAACUUCAGCAGUGACAAGGCCUUCCACAUCUUUAAGAAACAAAGAGAUAUUUUUUAUGAGCUGCUAAGAGAAUGGGAAGAUUAUCAUAAGGAGCCCGGAUGGGUGUUUGAGGCAGCACUAGGCAGUCGAAUCAGGGGAAUGGUCGGUCAGUUGACCGGAGCAGGAAACCAUUGUCACUUUGCCAGGCUUUUCCAGAAGCAGCUUGUUCAGAUGUGUAAGGGCCACAGGGAGCUCAGCUCUCCUGGUGAUGCUCCAGAUGCAGAUCUGCUGGGCAUGGUGGGGGCAGACAGCCUGGGGAGGCUGAAGAGACUGCAAGAGCGUCUCAUCCAGCCGCAGGCUCUAAGUGGCCCUUGCCCUCCACCCUCUUUUCCUGGACACCAGGAGUUCUUCAGAGAUUUCCUACAGACAGCUAGCUGCUGCCAGUUGAACCAACACCUGAAGGAUGGUUUGUGUCAGCAGCUGCUUCAAUUGAAUGAGGUGUCUAUCCUGGGCCCUGAUGGCUCCUCAACCACAGGAGAAGUAGAGGGAGAUGGAGACAUGGAACAGCAGGAUGAAAAGCAGCGAUUCGCUUCAGUACUCCUUGUGGCUCGACUUCUUGCCAAGUUCCUGGGCUUCAUCUCCUUUAUGCCCUACCAGACCUCUGAGGCACCAUCCAAAGAGAUCCGGGAGGCUGCCAUUGCUCUGCGCAGUAAGAGUGCCCCAGCGCUGGAUGUCUCUGCAAUGUUGAGGAGUUGUGUGCGUAGGAAGCGCACUGUGCUUACUAUUCCCUGGCUGGUUGAGUUCCUCUCCAUGCUGGACUACACCGGCCCGUUUCUGCCCUGCUACAGGACUGCUCUGGGUCUCCUGCUUCAAAUCUACAGGAGGAUGAGGUUGGGUAAAGUUGGAGAGCAGUAUUACUUGAAUCAGAUGCUGUUGGUGGCAGUGCUGGGUUGGCUUUUCCAGAUUCCAGUCUUUCCAGAGGAUCUCUUCUUUAGCAUAAGUGUGCAGGAACUAGAGGACCUGGAGAAUCAAACUAGCAGUCAAGGGUUGGACAAUCUGCCCUUAGUGGAUCAGCAGCUUCUCUAUACCUGCUGCCCAUAUUUAGGGGAAUUUCGCAAGCUGUUGGCAGCUUUUGUGUCAGGGAGUGCGUCCAAGACUGGAGGCUUGAUCCGCAAGAUCACACCUACAUCUGCUGAGCCCAGAGGUCCCUCCACUACCCUCUCUCAGCAGAAACUACAGCUGGACCUGGAACAGGCCUUUUUUCAUAAUCAGCCUCCUUCACUUAAACGUACUGUGGAGUUUGUGGCUGAACGCGUUGGAUCUAACUGUGUUAAACACAUCAAGGCCACACUGGUGUCUGAGCUAGUUCAGGAUGGAAAGAAGACUCUCAGGGAUGGUUUGGGUUCAGAUAAUGUUAAUGCAGCCAAGCUGAACGACUUGAUCUGUGCUAUGCUCUGUGACACAGGCAUGCAGGCCCUGGAGAGAGCCACCAGGUUUUGCAGUGAGAAUGCACCAAGAGCUGUAAGAGUUCUUUUGCCUGAUGAGACAUCUCGAGCUGUUCUGACAACAUCUGAGAGCAUCACCACACGUUUGGCAACUGACAAAGCCUGCAGCUGGCUGUCCUCCAAUAUCACAGCUCUUAUAAAGAGGGAGUGGAAAAGUACUUUUGAACGGGUGAUGAAGAAUGUGCCUUGUCCUACAAGCAAUGAUUCUAUGGACGGAGGAGGACCUGGCAAAAAUGUGCAGACACGGAAGAGUUCCUCAGGACAGGACGCUGGGUCCUCAUGCCCACAAGACUGCUCCCACAAAGGUCCACUGGCAUCAGAUGUUAUUAUCGAGUUAAAGGAAGUGCUGAGCAUCGCAGUAGGACCCAGAUCUGAAGAGGAAGUUCUUACAGUGCAGCAGAUUAGCUGUCUGCUUGACAAAGUGGGACAAACACUAAGAUGUAGAAGGUUCAUAUCUACAGUUGCUGAGCAGAUGCUAUUGCGUUGUACUGUCUUGUUGGCCUGCAAGCUAGUGUCUGGAGAACUACCCCUGGUGAUCUCAGCUGGGGGUAACGGGAAUGAAGCUGUUCAUGUUGGAUCUGUAUUGAAUGAGUUGGUUGUUUUGUGGACUCAUAAUCCCUCUACCCAUGUGACUUUGCACCUUCUCUUCAGUGAGCCUACACUUACUGCCAUCAUCAAUGCCAGUGACCUGCAGAGAUAUAACUACGUGCUCUUUGUUAAAACGCUUAUGGAGAAAGGCCUUUUGACAGAGGAAGAAGUGGGAUCUCACAGGGCAAAACUAUCAGAGUUCUCUUUUCCAGUGGAAUCCAUUGACUAUUUCCAGAAGCUAUCUUUGGCCUCUCCUUUACCAGUGCCUUUACUGAAAUCUAGUGACAUCCUGCAGAUCUCCCAGUGAUCAAAAGAGGGCAACACCAACAUUUACAAAAAUAUACAAAGGAAAACAACAGAUCACAUCAUGUGGUGUUUGAUUUUAAAAUGAUUUUAAACACUUUACUAUAUGGUGAGCAUUUGAUUCUCCAAAAGCAUUUUGGACAGCAAAUUUUGUUUGAACGUUCUCACGGGUGUUGAGUCUUAAUUUCUCUAUUUCGCAUCUUGUACAUUCCCUUGAGCCAGUUACAGUGUACUGAAUCCUCAUUUGUUGGAGGAGAAAUAGUAUAGCUUUUGAACUUCAAAGCAGCAAUUGCACCUCAGUUGCUACUUUGCACCUUGGCCUGAUAUUCCUGUUUUAGUAUCGGUGUUUUUUAUGCAAAUGAGGAUACAAACAUGGCUAUGAAAGCUGUUUAAAAUAUGCAUUUGUCAGUUUUGACUGAGACUGGAUAAGUUUAUAUAAUUCUUUCCAAAUGGUGAAGAGGGAGUGGUGCAAUAGAUCCAAGCAGUACUGUUGCAUAGGUAUUUGAGUAAACUAUAUGGGCAAAAUUUUGUGCACACCUCAUCACACAAUCUGCUUGAGCUUUUGAACCUCCUAUUCCAGAUUUAGUGCGCUUUUAGAGGUUAACAUUAUCUUUGCUCAUCUUGGAAAGGCUUUCCACUAGAUUUUGGAGCGUGGAUAGGGUGAUUUGCCCACUCAUCUACAAGAGCAUUAGUGAAGUCGGACUCUGAGGUCAGUUGAGGAGGCCCUCAUUCCACAGGUGUUCAGUGUUUGAGGUCAGAGCUCUUUACACUUGUAAUUUCUAGUUUAAUGAAAAACUACAUAUGGGUUUGAUUGUCAGGUGUACACACACUUUUGACCAUAUAGUGUAUAACACUUAUGUGUGUGUUAUGAUUAUGAAUGCACAUAUCUAAAAGAUACCCAUGUCCAGGUUAGUGGUGGAGGGGACAGGUUUUGUUUAUGCACCUGUCUGUGAAAAUAUGUCUAGGCCUAAUAGGAUAUGCACCAGAGUACAGAAAAUUGCAUUGAUAGACACUUACAUCAUGUUUAGCUCCCUGAUUUUGUGACUGUGAUCAUUCUCUUAUCCAUACUCUAAAUGUAUUUCUUUGUAUGCGUAAAUGUUUGUUGCUUAGAAUGCUUUGGAAUGCAUUUUACUGAACACUUGGUUCAUGUUGGACUUAAUGUUAUGAGUUGGUUUUAAACUAUGUUUAAUAUCAAAAAUAUAAUAAAUAUUUAGUAAUUGGUA